ACAGGAUCUAAGGCUUGAAUUAUUGAUCACUGGCUGAGGGGGGAAUGAAACCUGGGGCUGCUCAAUCCUGGUGACAGACAAUAAAUCCGAAUACCCCAUGGAAAGAUGAAAGGACUGAGGGAUUAAGUUAGAGAAGAGAGGAAGAGGAGCAUGACAGCACUGGAACACAGGCGCUAUGAGAGGGAGGGAGUGAGGUAGGGUUAAUCAGUCUGUGAGCUGCAGACACACUCUUACCGUACACAGGGGAAAUGGGUCCUCAGCUACACUUCAGCAGCACCUACUCAGAGGAGUUCAGUUACCCGGCUCGGGUCAAACCCACCCGGCCCAGACCGUCCUCUGCGUAUCGCAAGAACAAUCCUCAUCCACGGCCGGACUUCCUGAUGCCAAGAAUGCUGCAGACAGGAUAUGGCUCACGGAAAUACUUUCAGACAACUACUCCUUCUACUGCUUUUCUACCUCCAGUCAGACACAUAUCAGUCCAGUAUCCAGACGUACAAACAGCACAUGGACAGUCAAUGCAGAGCUCAUCACAAAGAGACUCCAAACCACCUGUGAUCUCGACUGCAGUUUGUACACUGCCACCUGCUGCCUGGCUUCUCAAACCACAGACAAACAACUUUGCUCAUGCAACAAUCUCAAACAGUCAAGGGAAAUAUUCAGAGACAGAUCGUAUCAGAUCAGCUUGGAACCAGCAGACGGAAAUCAUGCCAACUUUAAAAACCCUCAAACACCAGGUUACCCAUCCUCACAGAUCACGCUCAAAAUCCACUACUGAUUGCAGUGAAGGACACAGCUGUUUCCAUGUGGUGAAGCCAUAUAAAGUUGGACACUACAUCAUCCACCCAGAGUUUGUGUCAGAAGCAAAGCACUACUAAAAACCACAUUGUUUGGGCAUUUUAUAUUUAUUUAUUUUCAUUUAUUGUCAUUUUAAUAAUGCCAUUUUACAGUGUAUUAUUGAGGUACGUUAUGUGUUUGGAGAUCCUGCCUUUUAAAAUAUGCUUGGGUGCAGCUUCAAUUUAUUGACUGUAGAAUGUAUUUUUGCAUCUUACAUGACAA